AUGGUUAUUUCCAUGCCCCAGUUUCACUUUUCCCUCUUCGUAUCCUCCAUCUUGCAAGAUUUUCUGGAGAAGGCUGAAUUUUGGUGGAAACCUCUCGUACAAGAAAACAUAUUGUUCUAUUUGGUUAGGAAUCCUUUGAGAUACCUUACUGUUGCUGUUUCGCACAUCAGAGGUUUAGAGAUGGUGAGAGGAAAGACUCAGAUGAGGCGCAUAGAGAACGCCACUAGCAGGCAAGUUACCUUCUCAAAGCGUCGCAAUGGGUUGCUGAAGAAGGCCUUUGAACUUUCUGUUCUUUGUGAUGCUGAGGUUGCUCUUAUCAUUUUCUCUCCAAGAGGAAAGCUUUAUGAGUUUGCAAGCUCCAGGUAUAUGUAUGCGUUUUUGCUUCGGUUUUUACUCAAGAUCUUCAUCACAAUCAUGGAAGUAGGUGGAUAUGAGAUACGGGCAAAGGAGCUAUUUGAUUGUAUAAUGCUAACCUUAGAAGUACAGUGGGGUUUGGAUAGCACCUAUGGAGUUUUAGUUGAGGCUUUUUAUUUGAUGAAACUUCUCAUGAACAGCAUGCAGGACACCAUUGAACGCUACCGCAGGCAUAACAGAAGUGCUCAAACAGUGAACAGAUCUGAUGAACAGAAUAUGCAGCAUUUGAAGCAAGAAACAGCAAACUUGAUGAAGAAGAUUGAGCUACUUGAAGCUUCAAAACGGAAGCUAUUGGGAGAAGGUUUGGGUUCAUGCUCCUUAGAAGAACUGCAACAGAUAGAACAACAGUUGGAAAGGAGUGUAAGCAAUGUUCGUGCAAGAAAGAAUCAGGUUUACAAGGAUCAAAUUGAGCAACUAAAAGAAAAGGAAAGAACCCUAUAUGCUGAAAAUACCAGGCUGUGUGAGCAGUAUGGUAUGCAGCCACAGGCAGGAACUAAGGAUGUGAGAGAAAAUCAACCUUAUGCAGAAAGCAGUCCAAGUUCAGAAGUGGAGACUGAAUUGUUCAUUGGACUACCUAGGUCUAGUUGA